GAUUUUUGCGCACAGCGUUGUAGCAAACGCUAGCACAAAGAAAGUAAGUACAAACGGAUAAGUAUGGAAGCAGUGUUGUGAGUACCGACUCAAUAAGGUCGUUUUCCAGUGUAUUUAGGCUCCUCGCUGGAUCAGGAUCAAGUACACGUUUAUUUCGUUUGUUGUCUAAAGCCUAUUUUCCUGCUCGCCGUGCUCGCUGGCACCACAAUAGAAUAAGUGGUCUGAUGUCUCCCCACCUGCAGUGCCAGUUGUAGGUCUUUUCACACCACAUUACGAUCAUUCCGUUCCGAACUGUAAUCUUUCUUUAAUUUUCAUCUUCUCAGACAAAUAAACACAUACACAACGAAGAUAUUCCUAGAUAAUGCAAGGGUCUGUGGGGAGGUUACAGCGUUUGUUUCCCGCCGCGCUUACGCCAUUUCUGGGCACAAAUAACAAUUCGGGCCACCUUCAAGACGACCGGAACACUAGAGAGGUGGGCGGGAAUAAAACAGGCGUAAGCCAUGACACGGACAACUCCAGUUGCGGUGACAGCACAAAAAGGCAAACAUCACUACCGCAGCCGGCACGACGUUCUUUCCUGGCUAACACGCCCGGUGGUCGGAGGUUCUUCCCGGCUGCUGUGCACUGCGAGGAACCGGCGGCGGCAAAACCCGAAAAACUAACCUUGGAUGCUCGCUGGCGCGCAAAACCCGCCGCUGAGAGGACCAAUGCAGGUAUUGGUUAUACUUAUUUGUUUGAUGAACAAAUUUCUGGCUUUUGAUAAAUGCGAUACCGAUACUAGUCUACUAGACUUCUGCAUCCAUGUGAUGUUUUCUUCAUUUUCCUCUUGAUCUGCCUGAGAGUCGAGCUGGUCGAGCCACCUCCUGUUAAGCCCUGCACUUUGAGAUGAUAGGAAAAAAGUCUGUAAAAUUCAUCAAAAGACUACUUCGUUGCGACGCCGAAGGAUUGGUCGCGCGCGUGGGACGAGUAUGAGAGUGCACAACUCCCCCUCCCCCUCAUUUGUCAUGCAAAAUACCAAGUCCAGGCGCUGCCUUCUGGUACUGUUUGCAUGACAGAUUCUGCAAGCCCAACCAGUACUGCAUUACGCGCAUGAUCUUGUCAUGCACAGGCUCCACGUGUGUGGGCGUUUGUGUUGUUGCGGAUGCAAUUAUACAAAUGAGGGGGAGGAAGCGGGGUUGUGCAGUGUCAUAUCGAGGAUUGGGACGGCCGCCACCCCGUGGACCGGGGCCAAGACCUGCGGCAGGAGAUGAAGAAGCGGCCGCACGUGGUACGGCACAUUUUUUUGCUCCGCCACGGCCAGUACGAACUCGACUCCGACGAAGAAGGCCUCACGGAGCUCGGGCGGCUAUGGAUUGCAAAAAUGUCUGGGUCUGGAAGGAUGUAACUUGUCUUCAUGCUGGUCUUGCAUUCCUGUGAAAUCUGUAUUGCGUGACCAACAAAAGUGGUAGCCUCUCAUGUCAUACAAAAACGCAGUUUCUCAUGCAGACUUCGGAUGGGAAAGCGUUCUGCAAACUUGUCAUGCUUUUCUGCAUAAGGAAGCGUUUUCCUCUUGCACAUUUUAGCAUUACAAGUUUCCAGACCCAGACAUUUUUGCAUUUGAUAGCGGCACCAGGCGCGCAAAACCGGGCAGCGGCUCCGGCAGAUGCAGGACGGCCUGAAGUCGGAUCACUACGGGGAAUAUCAAAUGUAAAAAUAUCUGGGUCUGGAAGAUCGCCAGGUUUGUCAUGCACAUUUUGCAUGAGUCCUGAUGUCUGUGAUGCAUGCCCUAGCAUCACAGAUUUUGUAAGGGCUUCCUCAUGCCUAUACCGCAUGACAAAUGCUCUUUCCGUGUAGCAAAACUUAGACUCUCUUUGCUGCUCAUGCAAUACAGAUUUUUUUAGAAUCCAAAAUCAGCAUGACAAGUUGGAUUCUUCCAGACCCAGACAUUUUUACAUUUGAUAGGGAAAUCAAAAUCAACUGGAAAAAAGUGAUCUCCUCCAACCUGCUGCGCGCCAAGCAAACCGCAGACAUUAUCGCGGAGGAGUUGGACAUAUGAACUGCAAAAGUAUCGUACUAGUAUGAAUUGCAAUACAAAUUAGCUCAGCAUUACAAAUGGAAUUUGUAAUGCGGAUUUGCCUUAAGAGAAAGAUUUGUCAUGCAUGAACGCAAUUAGUACGAGUACGAUAGUACUUUUGCACAGGAUAGGACACCACCACCCACGAGUACGACCCCCUGCUCAACUAUGGAAGCGUCAGGAUCGAACUCAACAAAAUCAAAAUGAUUUGUGAUGCAUAAAAUCGAUACCAGUUGGAGCUUCAGUGUCCAAGCGGCGCAUGACAAAUUUGGGUAGAGCCGAAAUCGAGUCUGUCAUGCUGUUUGGGCAAAGAAGGCUGCUCCUGUCGUGCUACUCUGGCAGCGCAUUGCAUACCUCUGAACAGGAUUGCAGCUUUCGGUCUCAUUUGCCUGCUCCCGCCCAAUACAGGCCUUACUUGCCCUACAUUUUAUGCAUUACAAAUUUUUCGAUUUCGUCGACUUCGACGAUCCUGACACAUCCAUAUCCACGAGGGCAGGCCGUGCGUGAUGCACCCGGGGGCCGGGGUGGACCUGGACUAUGAACCGCAAAAGUAUCGUACUCGUAUAAAUGCAUUACAAAUUUCCUCAGCAUGACGAGAAAGAAAAUUUGUAAUGCGGAUUGACCUUAGGUAAAGGAUUUGUAAUCAUGCAUGACUGCAAUACGAGUGCGACAAGUACUUUUGCACAGGAUAUGGACAGUUCCAAGUUGGCGAAGCUGGGCACCGACCCGCCUAGGAUCGAGUAUCAUUUGUAAAAACGUCCCCACCCCAGAGUUGUAAUGCAAAUCUGCAUGCAUAAAAUGUUUCUCAUGCGGAGCCCCAUGAGAAGCAGUUUCUAGUCGUGUGUUGAGAUUUGUCAUGCUCAAAUCAGCAUGGUAUGCUAGAUCUGUGAUGCUGCUGCAGUAGCUAAACGCGACUACAAUACGAGGCCAAACUUGUCAUGCGCAACAGCCUAAGCUGGUCGAUUUGUCUAGGAAAUUGACUCUGGGCUGGGGACGUAUUUACACAUGAUAUCGAGGCAGCCUUCCGCAAGUACAUUCACCGGAAGGAGAACUGGAAGCGCGGCUCCAAGGCGUCCAAAGUAUCCGAAAGCUACUCCGGGAAAGAGGAUGGCGGAACGGGGGGCAGCAGCGACGCCGGAAGCGGUGCAGGAAAUGGGGCGGCGAAGGAGUAGGAAUUCAAUUUAAUAUUGUUGAUGAUGUCUAGUUGCAUCGGGUUCGGGAUAGGCUGAAGAACGACCUGAAAUCAAAAUAAUUACUUUAUUGCGCAAAAAUGAUGAAUCUGAAUGUUGCUAUCCUUACUUGAUGGUACUGUGAAAUUAUUUUUGCUGUGCAUGAAGUUGUACUGCUACCCAUGUACUUUUUCUCUCCACCUACUAAGGUCCCCAAAACACGAGUGCCACAUGAACGUGAUUCGGUACUUUGUGUGGCGAAUCACCACGCUGCUGCGAAAAAAGAUUGAUAACGAUUAGGGCGAACGCCUCUACAGCUCGAAAACCUCUAGAGCUCAAUCUCUAGAGCUGAAUCUCUACAGCUAUUUGGUGAUGCUCUAGAGCCUAAGCUCUACAGCUUCCGCCUAUAGCGAGCAUCUACAGCUCGACAGCCAAAAGCCUUUUUUUAUCGUUUUUGACACUGAGCAACCGCAGCUACCCGGCCGAUCUGCUGCCCCUGGUGCUUGCCUAGGAAACCGAGCACAGAAACAACGAACCAACCGCAGUGGGGCUGUGGCUAACAUCAGAAACAGCCAGCCGCAUGGCUGUUGCCUCCAUGCUUUGAGGUGUGGCCGCCGGCGCCGAGAGUAAAACUCAAAAACACCCCUGGCAGGCGUGCCUCUUACUUAGAUUUUUUGGGAGGCAACCGCCAGCAGUUGCGUGGUCCUGCUACUUGCUACAGGGUAUCGGGCCAAGCCUCGCCGAUGGGCAGCCCGGAUGGAAAAGCAUGCACACAACAAGCGCAAGAAGACCAAACGCAAGAGAAACUGUCGGCGCACAGGGGGCGGCUUGAUGCGAAGGCAACAGAUGUCAGCCGCCGCAGAGGUUACAUCCGUGCAGCGGCGCCGGCGCCUUCGGCAGGUUGCAGCGCUUUGGGCGGCCGACUUUUGUUGGUUAUGCAAUACAGAUUUUCUAGGUAUGGAAAGCUAGCAUUACAAGAUCCAACCUUCCAGACCCAGACAUUUUUACAAUCCAUAUGAGGUGAUCGUGUGCCACAUGAACGUGAUUCGGUACUUUGUGUGCGCUCCCACCUCGCAUGCAUGCGCCCACACUCUGACCUCCCGAGGAGUGCGAAGCACUUGGAAUGCCACUCCGCGAAAAGUGUGUGUGGUGGAGCUUCGUGGCGGCAUUCCGUUGAGUUGCCACUUUUGGAAAAUAAAAUCCUACUUCCACGGUGUGGCUUUUGUUUGGGUGAUAAUUCUGCGAGCUAGUUUGUGAGUGGGGUAACAAAUUAUCCGGAAGAGUGGGCAUCCCACUCUUCAUCUGCCCGGGCGGGUGGGUGGAAAGUGGGACGGAUCCGCUUUUUUCGGGUCGCCGCACCGAUCUCGAGUUUCUCGAGCCGGCUUUUGGCCCAGAGCUGAGGAUAGCUGAUCCGUCCCACUCCGCACCCGGCCGGCCGGCCGUAUGAAGAGUGGCGAGUGGGAUCUGAUGCCCACUCUUUCAGAUAACUGCUUUCCCGCUGGCCGAUAGGCCUCGUCCGGCUCCGGCAACGCGGCCUUCUCCUGCGACGAAGUCUGAAACUCAGAUAGUUGUUGGAGUGAUAACUCAGGGCAUUGCCCGCCCAUUUCCCGUGGAUGGUCGGCGGUUGGGCAACGGGGAAUAUGGAGCGGUAAGUCACUGAGUUAUCACUCCGGCAUGGCAAAAGUCACCCACGAAGUGGCAACGUAAUGCAUUAGCACUCCAUUUCCCGUUGACAAGCAGGAAGUGGAGUGCAGCACAUAAUUCAGCGAAUUAUCACUCCGGCAAGAAUCAAUGAUCACAGGGAAGAUUUUUGGCGGGCUGAUAAUUCAGCGGAAAAGUAAAGCACUCCACUCACACCUCGACCUCAUACCCUCACGGGCAGUAUUUUGCUGUAUGGCGCGCCACAGGCUUGUCGGGUCACAACGCUAGCGUUUAGCCAACCCCUUCCAACACGCUGCGUCGUCAGGCGCAACGGUCUGCGCCUCGCCCUACGGGGUGGGGACUCUUUGCGCAAUUUAAGAAAGACGCGGCGCGCUGGUUCGUGUUGGUUUCUUUCCUAUCUUUACUCACAUGCGAAACGCUCGGAGCUGCACCAUUUCGGCGCUCGUCCCGCACCGAGGCGAGUUUCCGGCGUCAAAGGGUGGGCCUUCUAAAUCAUGCGCCCUUUUUCAUCUUAAAAUCCUGGAUUCCUUGCGCACUGUUGUUCUCAAGUUAUGUGGAAUAUUCCGCGCCGUUGUGCCCCCUCCACGGCGGCGCGAGAUCCAGAUACUUCUACUAGACAUGUCCUUAUGUUCUUUUCUCCAUCUACUAAAGGUCCCCAAAGCACGAGUAUGAGGUAUCAAAUGUAAAUAUCCCUGGAUGUCUGGAAGAAUGCAACUUGUGACGCUGCAUUUGGAUUCCAAAAAAAAUCUGUAUUGCAUGAGUACCAAAGGGAAUGCAGUUCUUUGCUACACUGAGAAGGCAUUUCUCAUGCGGUAGAGGUAUUACAAAGCCCUCUAAAAAUCUGUGAUGCUAGACCAUGCAUUACAGACAUCAUGGGUCAUGGAAAACCUGCAUGACAAAUCUUCCACUCUUCCAGACCCAGACAUUUGCGCAUUUGAUAUGAGGUGAUCGUGUGCCACAUGAACGUGAUUCGGUACUUUGUUUGCCGCGCCCUCCAAGUCCCGCCGGAAGCCUGGCUGCGAUUAUCCAUUGCAAACAUGGCAGCUGGGUCUGGAAAGUAUACAACUUGUAAUGCUGAGCUAACAUUCCGAUACCUGCGUCGAAACCUGUGUUGCAUAAAUCAACAGAAGUCGCAGCGCCUUUUGUCAUACAAAAACGCAGUCUCUCAUGCAGGCUGCAUAUGCGAAAGCGCUGUGCAAACUUGUCAUGCUUUGCUGCAUUUGGAAGUAGUGUUUUCAUCAUCCACAGUUUAGCAUCACAAGUUUCAUCCACUUCCAGCCCAAAGCAUACUUUUUCUUUUGAUAGCGGUUCCGCGGCGAUAACUGCGGCAUGACGGAGAUCAUUAUUUACGACGACGGGCGGGUCUAUCAACGGCAAGUAUGUCUGGGUCUGGAACAAUGCAACCUGUGAUGCUGCCUUUGGAUGCUAAUAAAAUUUGUGUUGCAUGACCACCAAGAGGAGACCCGUUUGUGCUACGCGGAGAGGGCGUUUGUCAUGCGGAAUAGGCAGCAGAAAGCCAGAAAAAAAAUCUGUGAUGCUGGGUGAUGCAGUACAGGCAGCAUGGCACAUGCAGAACAUGCAUGACAAACCAGGGAAUCUCCCAGACCCAGAGAUAUUUGCAAUGCAUAGCGUCUCUCUCGGCCGGUUCGGCGACCAGGGGCAUUUGACGAUUGAGGAAACCACCUUCCACUGAUAUCUUUGAGAAGGAAUGGAAACCUGUGACAGCACGUUGGGCACAUGCGUAAAAAGAAAAUCUUAAAUGCACGAUGUUCAACACUAUCUCCGAUGAAAUUCAUUCGAACAUCAAUUUGGAACUACAAAUGCAAUAUUGCCGACAGUAGUUGGUAGGAACGAUCGCAAUGUUGACAACAAUUUUUCAAAGAAGCGAGCUGAAAGCCGCGACCGCUGCGCCCACGCUGCACAUUUAU